UACAAAUUUAAAUGCCAGCCUGGAACUGUACAACACAACAUGGUUCAUAUCUAAAAAUAAAACCUACACAUAAAAUUGGUAUUGAGGUCAUGAUAAACUGGACAGUCCCUUCAUGAGAUUUAGAAUAUGUUUGCAAUAGAACUUUAAAAAUUACAUUUAAAACAUUAUAUAUAUCAUUACAUAAAUUACAUUUAAAACAUUAUAUUUUCAACAUAAUUUUGCCUUCAUGAGAAAACUGCAGUGAUAAAGAGCACAUCAUAUAAUAAUAAUUAUAAUUUGGAUGAAUACUGCCUAAAGUCCAUACCAGUUGGUAAAACACAAGCUUUCUUAAAUCACUGUAUGGUGUCACUAAAUGGUUAUCCCAACAUAAGAAUGUCAGAAAUACCCUACUGUGCUUGCAACCACUACAAAAGGAACUUCAUGAUGAGAAGCAAAGAAACCUUACAGAAGAUUAGAGAGUCACCUGCCUAUAGAUCCAUGUACAGAGAAAUCAUCAGAACUCAGAUACAAACACUGAUAGAUCAAUUAGCCAACACUGGAGAAGAAAGUGUAUUACUAACAGCUCGUGUUGUGGAAAACGAUGCCACAGAAAAUAAUACAGUCGGUACUGAGCUUGGUCGGGAAUUUCUUAAUCAGGGAGAUGUUUUGUGUAUGUUUAAAGAAUUUUGUGUAAAGAAUAGUAAAGAUAAAACACCAGUCUCACAAAGUGCAGGCUCAGUAAAACAGAACGUUAACCAGCCUCGCAAAAGAAAAUUCCUUGAAAUGAAUGGUGAAGAUACGUGUGGGGAUGAAAGUUCAGAGACAGAGCAGACAACAGCGUAUUUGGAACCCAAGAGGUCAAGGUCACUCACACCAUCACUGAAAUUAGUUACUGAAGGAAAAAGUAUGGAGGAUAAAAGUAACAUCCCGGCUGUGUUUGUACCAAAGGGAUACAGUAAAUGCAGUUUAUGUAACUAUAUGUCCAAAUUCAAGGCAAAUGUUACACGCCACGAGAGAGGUGUACACAGGAUCAACCUAGAAGGUGCUGCCAUGGUUACGGCACAUUAUAUAUGCGGUCUCUGUGAUUACAAGUCAACAUACAGAUCUAAUCUGAUGAGACAUGAGAAAAGUAUACACAAGAUAAGCAGUACGCCAGAAGAGCUAGAGAGUAGGAAAGUUCAUUUUAUUCAAAAUGGCAAUGGUUCUUCAUUUGUCUCAGAAGAUGAUAUACAUGUAGUCCAGUAUGAAACAGAUACAGGGAACCAUACUGUUGUUGAUGAAGGGAACCAGCUCUAUAUGCACCAGACUGGUACUAGUGUUGAAAAUAUCGGGAACAAAUCUUUAAAUGGAGUAGAAAAAGAGGAAAGUGAUUCUUUGAUUAAAGGAGAACCAGGCCAGUUAGAUACAGAGAUAGAGAACCAGGCUGUUAGUGGUAAGGGGAACCAUGUGUUUCUGAAGCAGAAUGGUAUGGAUAUGGAAAAUGUUGGGAACAAGUCAGGCGGGGAACCAGAUGUAGAUGAGUGUGAAGAAGAGGAAAAUAUAUGCCAUAUUUGUAACCAUUGUCAAGAACUUUUUGGUUCUGAAUCAGAUCUCAGGAAACAUGUUCAUAGUACUCAUUUAAAUUCAGGUAAACUCAGUUUUGACAAAUGUGACAAAGCCUUUGACAAUGACUCAAACCUUGAAAUACACAUGACUACCCACAAUGCAGCAAAACAGGAAGUGUGCCGUUGUGGAAAGGCAUUUCAGUAUAGAACCAGUCUGAUUAGACAUGAAAGAAAAUGCGAAUUUUUAACAACCAGUCAAGGAAAUUCCAGUCUUAAAGAACCUUCUGAGACAACAAACACUGAAACCAGUUUUCCUCGUGAUCAGAAUGUAUCAAACAAAAAUGUGACAGAAAAUCAAAUGAAAACAAUGUAAAGAAUUUAGGUUUUUUUUUUUUUUAAUUUCGACCAAAAUUGUAAAUAGUACAAAGUAUUUUGCAUUCAGGUACAGUCAAACUUUGUUAGCUUGAACUCUAUGGGACCAGAAAAAUGUGUUUGUGUUAUUGUAACUUUGAGCCAUUGAAUAAUAUACAUUAUCACAUGUUUGAUGUCGCGGGAGGUAAAUAAAGCCAUUACAUAAAAUUGAUAAUACAGUUAUGUAAUAAAGCUUUGACGUUGACGUCGUUUAAAGUACAGGAGACAUAGGUCAAAUUGACUUGUUAAAAAUAGUUAAAGAAAGUACAAUUUUUGAUAUUUAGGCAGGAAAAGCUAACAUGUGAUAUAAGUAAUAUUACAUUUGUUACUUUCCAUUGAAUUUAUUAAACUCGUUGAAUAAAAUUAAUAAAAAGCCUAAAUUUAUUCAACUCAUAUGAUAAAAUCAAUAUGAAAAGACACUCUCGUAAUAUUCUCUAUUUAAACAGUGAUUUUGCAGGGACCUGACAGGAGUUCAAGCAAAGGGCGGUUUUCAAAUUCUCACAGUUCAAGUGAACAGAGUUUGACUGGAGUUGAUCCAUAAUGACAGUUGUAUUCUCGUGUGCUAUUUCUGCUUUCUUUGAUCUCAUGUUAGCAAUGUUUUUUUUUAUAACAACUUGAGAAAUCCUGGAAUGGCAUGCUGAGAAUAGAUACACAAAUGCAAAUUGCCAGCUUUUAAAAUGAAUUUAAAGUCUGACCCUCCUAUUCUAUAGCAUGUGUUCUUUCAUGAAUGAAUUAUUAAUGUAGAUAAUAGAAAUUGCAUUUAUUUGUUGUUGAAUAAAUUAUUUGAAAUAUUGGGUACGUUUUUUUUUGAGCAUAUAAUGAAAUAAGUUUGACAAACAUAAAGGAAAGAUUGAGAUUGUUGAAUUUUUAGCUUGACUUUUCAAAGAAAAAGUAGAGCUAUUGCACGCGCCCAGGCAUCGGCAUUGCAGUUGGUUAAAGUUUUUUGAAAAAGUCAGAUAUCUCUGUUACUAUCAAAGCUAUUUACUUUAUACUUAAAGAGUUAUUUACUGUCAAAGUAUACACCAGGAGAAAUAAUCCUCAUAACUAAACUCUGAUUUGAAUUUUGAGAGAGUUAUGCCCCUUUUUAACUUAGAAUUUUUUGGUUAAAGUUUUUGAUGAAGUCAAAUAUCUCUGUUACUGGCAAAGCACUAAUUCAGAGUCAAGCACUGUGAGAAGUGAAGCGUGCCAUCUUACAUUCUUGCAGGCUGAUCAUUGUCUUCACUGUUCAGUCGGUAAAUUUUCAGUGAACACCCCUUUUAAUAAUAAGUGAUGCUACCCAAAUUGAAUGAUGGACCAGUCAAUUUUAGAAAUUUAGCAGGGUAAGUGUUUAAAACAUGAUGGGCUUUUAUCUUUAACGAACUUGAAAAGUUUGGAUGUUUGAACAGUUUAGAAAAUAACAAAUUUAAGACAUUUUCUGAAGUGCACAUGUUUACGACCUUUUGCACAGUUGUAACCAAUUUUCUAUGAUGUUGUCUGAUAAAAUGUACAGGUCAGUGUACUUAGUUUUGGAUUUAAGAAAAACACCAAGCUGAUUUUAUGACAUUAUUUAGAUACAAACCACUUGACUAUUCAAAAACAUGAAUAAUACACUAGCAACAAAGGGCAAAGCUAUAUACAUGUUUUAAAUGAUCGCCCUUCAAAAGUAAUAUGUUACACAUAAUAGCUACAAACUUUCAAAUAUGGAAUUCUGUAAAAUCACUGAUGUUUCUGGAGGAAUUAAUUUCAUAGAUUUCAUGGUUGAGUCUUCCAUACCUCAUGUUUUUAUUUUCGAUGUAAAUGAGAUGUGGAACCAAAAUUUGUAGUCCUGUUUGGCGCCAUAUAACCUAUACUGUGUUGGUGCGCCUUAAAACCCAAAUAAAUAAAUAAAUUCAUGGUUGAGUCAAUCCUUGAAAUUGAAUCUCAACAAACAUUCCAACUUUUUUGUUCAGGCAUUGAAAUCUGCAAAUUUAUAUCCCAACAAAAUAGCCUUUUUUUGGCUGAAAAUUUCAUGUUAAUGAAAUGGAACAAUUUCACAGUAUUUAAAGUGAAUAGAUUCUCUUCUGUUUCAAGUACAUUUGAGCUUGGUUUAAAUAUUGAGAUUGUGUAUUGGUUUUAAAACAAAAUACAAUGUAUAUUGAGUUUUCUGCUUGAUAAAAAAAGACAUGUAGGACUAUGACCUCUUAGUGUGACCUAUACUCUAGGGCUACAUGCCUAGAUUUUAUGUAGGAAAGUUAUCAAACUAUACAUGCCUUUUGUGCAAACUUGUUGAAUUUAUAAUUUUAUAGAUAUAGAUCAGGUCCAAAACUUUUUGACUGCUAUAUGUGACCUUUGUCCAGUCAAACUUGCUCAAGUGUUCCAUUUUGUGUUGUUUUAAGAACAAAAAAUUAUGUUGUUUUAGAAGACCGUUUGUGUGAAGAGACCACUUCUUGUGGUCAGCAUAAAUUCUCCCGCAUUGAAUGUACACACGCAUUGAAUGUACACUAUCAAACUUACGUUAAACCUAACCCUUACCUUUAGUCAGUAGAUUGUACACACAAUAUGUGCUGACAUCCAAUAGGUGGGAUUCAGUGUUGGCAUGCAAGUUGUACAUGUACUGUAUUUGGGUUAGUGAACUUGGAAUUCUGUACAGUUGUGUUGUUAUCCAAGACUUGCCAUUCUGUAUGAAGGAAUUUAGCAAUCCCUUCUCUAUGCUUGUGUAUACAUUUCAUCAGGUAACAAACCAGAAUUUGAACAAAAUUGUCAGUAAUUAUACAGAAAGUGAAAAUAACUAAGAAUAAAUGGAACUUUGAACUUCUAUAAUCGAUUGUUGCUGAACGUUGGAUCAAUGAACAAAGGUUCAACUUAUUGUUAGAAUUACUGUAUUUUAGAAAAAGGGUGCAAAAUCAUGAUUUGCAAUCAAAGUGCAAACUUAUUGUUUAAAUUGAAAGGUUUACUUCACAAUCUUUAUUCAACAGGUGUGAGUCAUCAUUCAUACAAAUGAUGAUUGUUUUUGGAAAGUAGAUACUAUGAAAUCUUUAAUAUUGUUUGUGCCAAUCCUUUAAUUAAAUCAAAGGAAAUACAUAGAA